UCUGUUUUCAGGGCCGAGCUUGUGGUUUUAAUCAAAGGGAAGGCGACGGAGCUAUGCGGACACAUGUACGAUGGCAGAGCUGCAAAUGUUGUUAGAGGAGGAGAUCCCGGCCGGUAAACGGGCUCUGCUGGAGAGCUACCAGAACCUGAGCCGGGUGGCGGAUUACUGCGAGAAUAAUUAUGUUCAGGCCCAGGAUAAGAGGAAAGCCCUGGAAGAGACCAAAGCCUACACCACCCAGUCUCUGGCCAGCGUGGCCUACCAGAUCAAUGCCUUAGCCAAUAACGUCCUGCAGCUGCUGGACAUCCAGGCGUCACAGCUGCGCAGGAUGGAGUCCUCCAUUAACCACAUAUCACAGACGGUGGACAUUCACAAGGAGAAGGUGGCCCGGCGAGAGAUCGGCAUCCUGACCACGAAUAAAAACACAUCCAGGACCCAUAAGAUCAUCGCACCGGCCAACAUGGAGAGGCCGGUGAGGUACAUCAGGAAACCCAUAGACUACACCAUGCUGGACGACGUGGGCCAUGGAGUCAAGUGGCUAAAAGCCAAGCAACACGGAAACAAUCAGCCAGUCAGAGGAGGAACACUAUCGAGGACCAACCCACCAACACAGAAACCACCGAGCCCACCUAUGUCAGGGCGUGGUACUCUGGGGCGUAACACUCCCUAUAAAACUCUUGAGCCAGUAAAGCCCCCGACGGUGCCCACUGAUUACAUGACCAGCCCUGCUCGCCUGGGGAGUCAACACAGCCCGGGACGCACUGCCUCCCUCAACCAGAGACCUAGAACCCACAGUGGUAGCAGUGGUGGUAGUGGUAGUCGUGAGAACAGCGGAGGCAGCAGUAUUGGCAUUCCCAUCGCCGUGCCUACCCCCUCCAUCCCUAACUCUGGACCAGCCCCGCCCAUGUUUGCUCCUCCUCCUGCCCCACCCCCUCCCAUGUUUGGGGCCAUAGCGGUGGCUCAAGGCCCAGGGCUCGGCCCGGCCCCCAUGUCUCAGUUUGGAACGAUAUCGAGGCAGAUUUCCCGCCACAACUCCACCACCUCAUCCGUCUCGAUGGUUUCGGCCACAGGGACGUAUCGCCGCGCCCCCUCUGUUUCUUCCCAGUUCCCCCUGCCGCAGCAGCCUCACGUCAACGGCGCUGCUCCUCAGGCCUACACGCAGAACUCAAUGUCUGUUGCCCCCCCGCCUCCCCCCAUGCCUCAGCUGAUUCCACAGAUCCCCCUCACAGGCUUUGUGGCGAGGGUGCAGGAAAACAUUGCAGACACCCCGACUCCUCCUCCUCCGCCGCCCCCGGAUGAUUUGCCCAUGUUCGACGAAUCCCCGCCACCUCCGCCGCCGCCACCAGUGGACUACGAGGACGAGGAUGCGGCCGUAGUUCACUACAACGACCCCUACGCUGACGGGGACCCCAUGUGGGCUCCUAAAACCUACAUUGAGAAAGUGGUGGCCAUCUACGACUACAGCAAGGAUAAAGAAGAUGAGCUGUCCUUCAUGGAGGGGGCCAUCAUCUAUAUCAUCAAGAAGAACGACGACGGCUGGUUCGAGGGCGUGUGUAACGGCGUGACCGGCCUGUUUCCUGGCAACUAUGUGGAGUCCAUUAUGCACUAUGCUGACUGAAGGGACCAGAGCAUCAGUCCCAUUUCCACAGAUAUAUCAGAAGCAGAAUCACUGAAUACAGAAGUGCUUUAGGGUGCCAUCCUUCCUGACAAAUCACAGAGUUAAUGAUCAGACGGAGAAGAAGAAUCUAUACCUUUAUUUUGUUGUACGGGGGCGGGGUGUAAUUGUGAAAUAUGAGGUAAAGGAGGGCGUGGAUUGGAUUGGAUUGGACCGGUCAUGUCUCCAGUGUGAUCGGUCGUCUGGUGUGUGUGUAUGUGUAUGUAUAUACAACGAGCAGUAGCCUGAUGGAUGUUUGUAGUGUGUUUUUCUUUUUUUUGUUGUUUUUUUUUUUACAGUGAAUGUCAAUCAGUCAUGAACAGUAUCUGAUCUAAAAAGUCGAUGAUGCUACAUGUGAAAAAUGUACAGGGGUUGGACAAUAAAACUGAAACACCUGUCAUUUUAGUGUGGGAGGUUUCAUGGCUAAAUUGGAGCAGCCUGGUGGUCAAUCUUCAUUAACUGCACAUUGCACCAGUAAGAGCAGAGUGUGAAGGUUCAAUUAGCAGGGUAAGAGCACAGUUCUGCUCUAAAUAUUAUAUUGCACACAACAUUAUGAGUGACAUACCAGAGUUCAAAAGAGGACAAACUGUUGGUGCACGUCUUGCUGGCGCAUCUGUGACCAAGACAGCAAGUCUUUGUGAUGUAUCAAGAGCCACGGUAUCCAGGGUAAUGUCAGCAUACCACCAAGAAGACCCAACCACAUCCAACAGGAUUAACUGUGGACGCUGUAAGAGGAAGCUGUCUGAAAGGGAUGUUCGGGUGCUAACCCGGAUUGUAUCCAAAAAACAUAAAACCACGGCUGCCCAAAUCACGGCAGAAUUCAAUGUGCACCUCAACUCUCCUGUUUCCACCAGGACUGUCCGUCCCCACAAUAAAUGAUUGUGGUCUAAAACCAGGUGUUUCAGUUUCAUUGUCCAACCCCUGUAGGUCUAUAGUCUCAGCUUUGAAAAAACGGUCCAAACUAACUCCUCCUCGAAACGCUGACACGCUUCUCCAAUACUGUAAACACAACAAACAACAACAAGAACACCAAGAUCAGAACCAGAACCAUGUACUACUGUCGCCAGAGUCUGAUUGAUUGAUUGAUUGAUUGAUUGAUUGAUUGAUUGAUUAAUUAGUUACUAUAAUUAAAUCCUGAGGCAUCCAGUCUGAAAUAUACUUAAAUUGUGACGUAAAGCAUGCCUACAAAUUUAAGAUAUGUAUUGUAACCUCAACGUUUAAUUCCAUUUUGCUUCCACUAUGCUUUACUAUACAGUGGACACUCAUUUUUGUUUGUUUUGCUUGUUUGUUUUAGGUUUUUUUUUAAGUCUUAGUUUUAAUUUAAUUCUGUUUUUUUUUUUUUUUUUUAGGGGGAGUUCAGAUACUUGAAGGUAGUUUUGGACGUUUUAUAUUGCCUCAUUUGUACUGAAACAUUUGACAUUUGAUUCCAUAUAAUUUUACUCACUCCCCUCAGCCUAGUAUUGUUUGGAUGCAUAUAUUGUCGCUGUUGUGCAAAAACCUUGUAUCUCCAUUUUUGCAGUUGUUCUGGCAGUUGUUCUUUUUUCAUUUUUUUUUCUUCUUCAAAUUCCGUGAUUAAUGGACCAAAAAAAUGGAAAGCGUUUUUUUUCCCCUAAUUUUUAUCCCAUUUUCUACCAAUUUACAUGGUCAAUUACCCAACCCACUGAUUAGGACUCACCCUAUCACUAGUUAUGUCCCAACACCAGGAGGGUGAAGACUAUCACAUGCCUCCUCCGACACACACGUGAAGUCAGACUCCACCUCUUUUUGAUGCAGCAUUGCCGAGUAGCAUCACAGCGCUAACAAAUGCAGCAACACGGUUUCCUAUACAGCAGCUCACAGAUGCCUUGUGCUGAUCAACAUCACCAUAGGAGUGAUGUGGGGAGAAAGCGCCAUCUACUGUACCCAUCCAGAGAGAACAAUAUCAAUUGUGCUCUCUCAGGGCUCUGGUAGCUGAUGGCAAGCUGCAUGAACAGGAUUUGAAACGGUGAUGAUCUGAUCAUAGUGGCCGCACUUUGCCCGCUGGACCACUCAGAGCCCCCGACUUCCAAAUUUUGGAGAUACAAGGUUUUUGCAUGAUUGCAACAAUACUUAAAUGUGCAUUUUUCAAUGUUGUCUUAAGAUGCCAUUGGUGUCUGUUUUUUUUUUUUUAAGUGAUUUUUUGCAAGCAUUUUUGGAAUAAUGAAGAAAAAAAAAAAAAAACAGAUUACCUGUAGAUAGCAUAACCGUGUAGACAGUGAAAUAUACCUUAAUCAGUAAUGAGAUUACAAUCUACAGCGCUGUUUAUUAUAAUAUACAUCAGAAAAUAAGAGAAAGAAAAAUGGUCAUGAUGUAAUUAUACUAAAGAUAUCAUCUCUCAUUACCUCCUGAAGUAACAGAAGGAUGAAUGGAAUUGUUUUAGUGACCUGAAACUGGUCUGGGAUCACAACUCAGGUUCUCACCUUGUUAGAAAACACCAUUUUCUGUUCAAUUAAAGAAUUAUGUCCUUUUUUAUUAUUAAGUCUUAAAGGGGAACUCCACAGAUUUGUAACAAUUCCUGUGUUUAAGAUGUAAACUUAGACAUUCUGAGUGGGGGUUUGGUGUGAAAUGGCUAAUUAUAGAGAAACUUAACAGUUCAGAUUUCUUUACUGUGGUGGUGAAUAGAAGCAGGGUAAUUUGUCCUACAUGGCAAAAAAUUAUAUAUUGAAAAAAUAAAAUCCUCCUACAAAUAGUCUAUAUAUCUAAUAUUUCUUAUCUUGAGAUGAAAUUAUUAAUGUAAUUGUAUUAUAACAAUUAAUAGCGUAUUUCUAACUUCUUUUUACUUGUUUUGAGUGUUUUAAUAUACCGAAUGUGUAUACAUUUUUAAGCAUUCCUUCCAAUGGAAUAAGACACUUUCAGUAGAUUAAAUGACUUAAAACAGGGGAAAAUAGGUUCAGGAUAAAUCUAAUAUUCUCAAAAAAUGAGAAAAAUUGUUGUUUAAAUGCUUUAAAUGAGAAAAAAACAUUUUCCAUUGGAUUAAAGCUCAUUUAAAUGCUUUAAACAUUGAACAAUAUCCUUCCAAUGGAAUAAGACUUUCAGUAGAUUAAAUAACUCAAAACAAUGGGAAAAGGGUUAAGGAUAAGUCUAAUAUUCUUAAACAAUAAGAAAUUUACUUUUUUAAAUGCUUAAAAUGUGCAAAAGUAUCUUUUAAAUGGAAUAAGACACUUUUAUUAGAUUAAAUAACCUAAAACAAGGGGAAAAUGUUAAGAAUAAGUCUAAUAUUCUUACAAAAUUAGAAAUAUUAGCUUGUUUAAAUGCUUAAAACAAGUAAAAAUAUAUUUCCAUUGGAAUAAGACACUU